CGAAUCAAUUGCGCGCAAAGCCAUUGACGGCAACGGUUGUGUCGCUCCGUUCCUCCUCUGAAGUGACCAAGUUCUGUUAUAUUCUGUGUUCCUGGAGGAAAGGAGAUCUAUCCUCUGGGCACAAGUCGAACAUCGUUCUUUUCGAAAUUGUUGUACAAAUGUUUUAAAAGCUUAAGCCAAAGCAAAGCGAUCGUGUGGUAAGACACUGUUAAACUGUUCAAUUUUGUGUGUUUGUGCCGCGUCUUUCUAUAUUUGAUAACUGUAGAACAGAACCGUUAGAACAAAGUGCCCUUUCGUCCUCCUCCAAAAAAGGGAAAAAUUUGUUAUCUGUGUAAAAGUGCCAAGAGACAAGUAAAACGAGUAAAGCGAAAUAGAGAGAUCCAAGAAUGUGCCAAAAACAACAACAAUUUGAGUGCUUAGCACUCUGGGUGCGCCGACAUCGGCGGCGGCGGCGGUGAUGAUCUUGAACUCGGCUCAACUCCCCAGUGCGCAGGCAGCCUAACGGUGCAUCGGCAAGUGCAGUUUUGCAAUGAGAGGGGUUAAGAAAGAGAGAGAGAGAGAGAGAGAAGGAUGGAAAAGGCAGCGCCAUUGCAUUUCUUUUGAUUGCUUGUGUAUCAUCUUUGGGGAUCUCUCUCCACCUCCGCAUCCACCAUCCACCGCCUUCGCUUUGGCGCAAAAAAAAACAUUUUUCGUCGCUGCCGAAAUGGUUUUUCGCUCAUUUUUUUUGCCGCUGGAACUCUGAAGAUCUCGCGCUGAUGUCGAGUGCACUCCCAAAAGCGCUGUACCGUUUUGAUGAAUUAAAAGGAGAAAAUAGCUGCCACUUGGAAAACACCGCUUUCAUGUAUAUGGAUCAAAUGAGCAUCAAAAUGGAAGAGGUAGCGCAUACGCCGGGGCCAGGGCUAGGCCCAAUGGAACAAGCCUUGAAAUUGCCAGCGCAAGCGCCAAAGGGCCGUGGCAGGCCUCGCGCUUCGUAUGCGCAAACGGGAGAGUUCGAUGUCGGCCUAAUCCGUGAGUUUCGUUCCCGGCCAGUGCUGUACGACCGCGCGUACAAACGCUACAAGGACAAGCCGUUCGUGGCCCAACAAUGGCUGCAAAUCUCGCACAAGCUCGGCUACGAUGUUUCCGUUCUGAAGGAGCGUAUGCUGAACUUGCGGAACCGCUACAACAUUGAGAAGCGUCGCAUCGAGAGUGGCGUGAAUACGCAGCACUCGCAAUGGCCGCAGUUCGAGAGCCUUCACUUCCUGGCCAAUCACAUCCGCAGCCGGCGCAGCUUCAAGAAUGUGUCCAAGUCGGGCGAUGACACCUACGAGCCCGACGGCGGCAUGAGCGACAGCAAUGGGCAGGUGGCGAGCAUCAAGGAUGAGCUGGAUGAUGACGAUUUUGAUCACGAUCUAACGCUGCCAGUGACCACAGUGCUGACCAUUCCGAUCAACUCAUCGGAGGACGGUAGCUAUCCGACCAGGAGCCACAGACAGAUUUUGAAUGGCAAUAGUGCCACCAAUGGCAGGAGCUACAGCUUACCGAGUCGCCAGCAGGCGCUUGUCAUCAGUAAAGUCACCGCAGCCGCCAAACGUCAAGCACCCGAUGAUAAGGAUGACGCGCAGGAGGAGGAGGAGGAGACAGCAGCUAAGCGCAGACCUGAUGAGUCACGAAACUACAACCCGACAGUGCCAACACCCACUGAGGCAUCAGCAUCCACGACUUCGAAUGCCUAUGCCAAGUUCCAUGGCUUUGGCGAGUUCAUGGCCCACUCCCUCUCCGAAUUGCCGCUUCAGACGGCCUUGCUUUUGGUACAGAAGUUCACCCGCGAGCUUGUUCAGAGCACCAUCGGCAGUCAGAAGGUGGUCCACAAGGAGGAGACCGAUCAUUGCAGUGAUUCGGAAGACGAAGAUUAGAAUUAGAGUUACUUUUUUAUGAUAUACAGAAAGGGGCGCCCAUCCAUAAUCGAAGAUACAUAAAUGGAUUUCUACCAGAAAGAAUCUCCAUUUCUGCACUAGUGGGAAAUUAACACAAAGGUAUUUGAUUCCAUUCAAUGGCAGUGCUACUCUACCCACUGCCUAGCACUUAGCCCAACAACCGAACUUGGUGGAGCCCAACUAUGUACUUUUAAUGUGCAAAUCUGUUACGCUAUUGAUAAAUAUAUAUAAAAUAUAUAGACUUUUAUAAAACA